AUGGGGAAGGGCCGAGCCAGUCCCAAAAUAGGGCUGGCAGGGUUUCCCAGCCACACAAGGCUUUUGGAAUCUGGACCCCAGGGACCCCAGGCAUUUGUCCCCACCUGCCCUCCCCUCAGCCAGCCGCAUGGACCCCUCUGGAGCCUGAGAGGGGCUGAGCCAGGGCCCUUCUGCUCCAGGGUGGGGGUACAGUGGCCCUUUCUGGUCCCGUGUGCCCCUGGUCUCACUGGCACCCACUGCCUCAGCCCCUGGAGUCCUGCUGCCCCUCCCGGGGGUGAGCUCUGCCCCACUGGCUUGUUCUGGACCCACCCAGAGCCCCAUCCCCUGGAGCCCCCACGUGUCCUGGAAGCCUGGCCUGUGCCAGGGCCUCCUUUUGCCCUGGAGAGGGGAAGGGCAGCCCCCCUGAGUGGGGUGUGGGGUCCCCUGCAGACAGAACAGCUGGAAUACAAGGUCUUUGAGAUGUUUGUUGAGGAGGGCAAAGGGGAGGUGAAUGGCAAGCUGCAGUGGCUGACCAGCUUGCUGGGCAUCAGCCCCACCAAGAAUCAGCUGGCCUCCAUGGCCAAGGAUGUGGACAGACAGCAGGGUAGGCGGCUGAGGUGGGGAGGCUUCCUGGCCUUGAUGGGGAUCUAUCACGAGAAGGCCCAGAACCAGGAGGGUGAGCUCACGGGUGCACUCUGGGUCUUCCACAAGGACAGCAAGGGCUGCAUCAACUGGAACAGUCUCAAGCAGGGGCUCAGGAGCGCAGGCCAGCCCCUCAGUGAGGUGGAGGCUGGGCAGAUGAUGGAGGCCAAGGACGGGACAGGACCAGCGCCUACAAGGUGGGUGGGGCCGGCAGGGAGUGUGCCUGCCUCUCUGCCCGAGGAGGAGGAGGAGUUUGUGGCCAUGAUGACCGGAGAGUCCUUCAAGCUGGUCCAGUAG